AUGGCGACACACAAACUGUCUCGCAUGUAUAUCCUAUUCUCUGUUCUUCUUGCUCUUGUGUUUCCCGUCGCCGCUCAUGAACACCACGACGAACUCACUGAAGAACAAGCAAACGCCCCCAUAGACAUGAUUCUGCGGCUUCACAUAAUCGUUCAAAUCGCUGUAUGGGGCUUCCUUUUCCCCACUGGAAUGGUGCUUGGGUUGUCUAGGAGUCGUUGGCAUGUCCCACUGCAGAGUGUCGGAUUUGCGUUGACUGCCGCAGGGUACAUACUCGGCCACUCGCAUGGCGGGCGUGCGUUCCUUGCAGGCGUCCAUGGCACGAUGGCGAACGUAAUGUUUGUGCCCAUCGCACUUCAACUUACUCUAGGUGUCUACCUGAAGCUGCAUAUACACGAGCGUUCGCUGCGUCCAUGGGCUGUACGCCUCCAUGGAGUUGUUGGGAAAGCGUAUCCUGUCCUGGGGUGGACUCAGAUGCUAUUCGGAGCUAUCGCCGCCCGAGGGUACUGUCGCGGAGGGCAUCUGGGUCAGUGUCUGGCUCAUUAUAUUAUGGGAAGCGGAUUCAUUGCGUACGGUACAAUUAUGGCAAUCAUGCUGCUUGUGGGAGAAGCUUGGGUGCGGCGCAGUGGACGCAGCCCAGAAUGGUGGGAUUCGUGGGUUAUAAUGCUAUGGGGAAUUGUCAAUACCUUCACUGAGCACCGAGGCUCGGUAUGGUCCGUCAAAGACAUGCAACAUACUAUCCUGGGAGUUCUCUGGUGGACUGGAGGCGGGCUGGGCAUUGUGCUUUCCCGAAACAAUCAGCGAACCGUGGUACCAUCUCUCAUUAUCAUCCUGACUGGCUGGGCGAUGUCUGACCAUGCGCAAGCUCUCAUGAUCUCUACCAAGGUUCACGCAGUCUUCGGCUACACACUGAUGUCAGCAGGUGUUGCACGCAUCGUUGAAGUUUGCUUUAUCGCCCCCAAAUUCGCCCCUCUUGAUGCGCCAGAUGGGGACAGUCAAAGUGAUCACACACUAACGGAUAUUGGCAAAGAUGAUUCGAGCCCCAGUGCCGCUGCUGGUCGGGCAUUCAGGCACUUGCCAUCCUUCCUCCUUGUCGCGGCAGGUCUGCUCUUUAUGGCUGCUACGGAUGAAGAACUCGAAUUCGUACAUGAUGAGGAGAUGGAUCAUUUCACUCAUUUUCAUCCAAUUCCCAGCCUGGCGUUCAUCUUUUACACACUCGUCGUUUCCCUUAUAAACCUAUACUCCAAUAGUGGACGGAAUGCAACUGCUGCGGCCACAGGCGAUGCCAUCGAGAUGGUUCCUGCCGCAAAGUGGUAUGCACCUGUGCCGGCUGCAGAAACUGAUGUCGGUCCAGUGCACAUAAUCGGCGACGACGGCGACGAUGAUUGA